GAUGUCCCGGAGCUGGCGGUGAAUGCGCUUGCGCUCGCCGCAGACCAGCAGACCCGGCGGGUCGGUGGUGCCGGGUGGUGGGCGGAGGAGGCGGAGUGGUGGGGUCAGGGUGCUGCGGUAGUGCGUCACGUCCUGCAGGGAGCAUCAUCGGGUGACUUGCCUUCUGCAUUACAGCCGAGGCUUGAAGCGCUGGCAUUGGCUGUUCAUGGCUCCUCCCCGCCCUCUUCCACCCUGCUGCGGGACCUGGCUGGCUCGCUGGCGCUCUGCCUGGAGUGGCUGCUGCGGCGGGGCGGGGAGGACACAGCGGGAUCGGAGGCGGAGGUGGUGUCCUAUCUGGUGGGGCUCUCCGAGAACAUCGAGCCCACGGGGGUACCGGAGGCGGAGGUGCUGGCUGACCUUGCCCGUUGCGGCUCUCCUCUCGUGGCUCUGCUGUCCCUGAUGUGGCGGCACGCCGAUCCCCACCGACUGGCACCGCUGGUGGCGACGCUGGGCAAGUUGCUGUGCCGCAUGGACCCAUGGGUCGCGGAUGGUCCGUGGACGCAGCAGGCAUUCCAGGAGCGCGUCCUGGUGCUUAUUGACGCCGCGUUUGCUGCUAUGCACAACGCCUCGAGCGAUCAGCCGGCAGGCAAUGAGGGACCAACUGCAGCGCCGCGACCGCCGCCGCCGCCGCCGCCGCAGCAGCAGCAGCAGCAGGGGGUGUCGCAGCCUCCCGACAUGCCGCCACGUGGAGCGCCGUCCCCGGCGCCUCCAGCAAGGGGCUCCUCCUCCGCCUCCAUCCUCGACGGCAAGCUGCUCGGCGCAUUCACGCUUGGCGAGCUCCUGCCAGCGCUGUCGCGGCUGGCCCUGAAGGGCUACUAUACCCGCAAGGCCAUGGGGCCUGCUGCAGCGGUGGCGGCGGCGACGGUGGCGGUAGUGCCGCCGCUGACGGCUGCUAAUGAGGAAAGCAGCCAAGGAUCUGCCUUAAGCAGCGACAUUGAGGCUGCCUUGGCUUUGCUACUGGGCUGGAUAUCAGGGCUUCAAUUCAUGGACGACAGCAGCAGCGGCACCGAGGGCUGGCGGCAGCUGCUGCUGGCGGAUGUGGAUGUCGUACCUCUGCUAGGCGCCGCCAUGCACCUCCUGCCGCUGUCAUCUGACGCUUGGGUCCUGAGGAAGCUGCUUGAGAGCUGCGUCGCCGUCACUGUUGCCUUCCCGCAGCAGGUACGGCAGGCGGCGGCAGCGGCAGCCCAGGUGCCUGAGGUGCGCCCGUCCGCUGCAUGCGCCCCGACGGCGGCUGGCGGCGGCGGCACUGCCGUACCCCGGGCUCCGCCAGCGCCGACCUGGCAGCCGGAGGCACUGCGAGCGCUGGCGGGGGCGCUGCGAGCGGCGGGAAGGCAGGAUGCGGAGGACUGCGCAGGUGCAGCGGAGGACCUGGCGGAUGUGCUGCAGCGAUGGCGCGCCGGCGGAGGCGGAGGCGGCGGCGGCUCCGAGGAUAGCUGUGACGAAGACCCGGCGCUCAUGUCCCGUCUGGCCGCCUUCUUGCGGGGACUGCAUGCCGGUGCUGCGCCGGGGGAGCUGGUGGAGCAUCCUUCGCUGGCGGAGGCUCGCGACCAGCUGCUGCCUCGCCGCUGCGGCCACCCCGGCUGCGUCAACCUGGCGGGGGUGAGUGAGGCGGAGCUGCCGCUGCAGGCGUGCGGGCGGUGCGGAGGGGUGUGGUACUGCGGCCGGGAGUGCCAGAUGGCACACUGGCGGGCGGGGCACCGGGAGCAGUGCGGCAGCGGGGGC